AUGGCGUCCAAUUUGGUCGUGCUCACCCAGUCUCACACCGCAGUCGCUGCAAAGAAACGAGCAAAGCGGGAACAAAUAAAGGAAAUCAUAUUUGACGAUGAGGCGAGAAGGGAGUUUCUGACCGGCUUUCACAAGCGCAAGCUAGCCAAGGCAGAAGCUGCGCGUAAGAAAGCGGCGGAGCGGGAGAAACAGCAGCGACAAGAGGUCCGGCGCGAGCAACGUCGGAUGCUCAGGGAACGGGCGGCGGAGAACGCAGCACAGGUUGAAAGUGCUUAUGGCGCAAUGAUUGGUGAGGAUCCAUUAAAAGCCAACCCGUCAUUUUACCUGCUUACCUUUACAAAAGGGCCAUACGUUGACGAAGAGGAGGAAUGGCAUGGUAUAACCGAGUUUAAGGGAAAGCAAAAGGGCAAACAAAAGGAGCAAGAAUAUGAGGAUGAAAGUCACCUCGCCACUGUUGCCGUCGUUGAAGACUUUGACCCUGACAUGCUAAUCCACGGCCCACUGAAAUCAGGAGGCGCGGCUCCGUCAGUGCCCUCGGACAUCUCGCCACCAACAGUUCCUCGGACCAAGCCUCCGAGUCCUUCAAAAACAAAAGUCAAGGCAAAAGUACGGUACCAAACAAAAGGGGUGCGAAAGAUGGAACAGACGAAACAACGUGCGAGAAGGCGAGAAAAGGCUGAGCUCGCUGGCGGAAAGGCCGCUCGACGCACUAAGAGCAGGCGCUAG